AUGCAAGUUUCCCGCAAACCGCUCCUGUUUCUGCUCUUCGUCCUGCUCAUUCUCUCCGUUUCGUUCGUUGACUCUCAACGAUUUGUGGUGAGUUUACUAGCGGAAAUCCGUGCAAAACGACGUUUCCAGGACGUGAUGAUGGCCCGAAACGAGGAGUUGAACGGACUUCUCGGCAACAGUCGCAGGUACGGAAACACGAACGCUCCUAUUCUGAAGAGGAAUUCGCUGCUCGACAAUCUCUACAAUAUCGGAUACUAUCAUUACUGA